AUGGCAAGGUCCCUCAUCCCAAGCCAGUCUCGCUCCAACCUCUACGGCUACGGCCGGUACCUGGCAGAGAAGUCCCUCCACCAGUCCGCCACCUUCUCAUCCCUCAUCGACGGGACCAUCCGAGACAACGCCUCCCUCCCAUCUCAGGCCGCCGGCGCCCUGGCCGACUGCUUCCUCCUCUCCCAGCUCACCACCGACUUCUUGCUCUCCUCCCUCGCCACCCUCGAAUCCAACAACACCACACCAACCUGCCCGACGAUCAGGCCGACGACAAGCCGUUCCUGGGCCACCCAGAAGGCCAAGCGCGAAAGGCAAUUGCUGGACGAGUUGAGAGUGCGGCGAGAUGGCGGGGCCCCUUGGGUCAAUGAGCAGGCAUUGGAGUUUGCCUCUGGCAGGAGGAUGGCCCUCCAGACGGUGGGGAGCGUCGUUGUGGCGCAGGACGGGUCCGGCAACUAUCUCACCAUCGGCCACGCCAUCGCCGCCGCUCCGGCGAAGAACGACGGGAGCAAGGGGUUCUUUCUGAUCCGGGUGAAGGCAGGGGUGUACAAUGAGUACGUUACAUUGGACAAGAAGAAGAAGUACGUAAUGAUGGUCGGCGGCGCCUGA